AUGCCAGACCUAGAAGCCCCCACUGCGCCUCCGUCUCCUGAAAUUCCAGCCGCCCAAGUCAAAGAUCCACCACCUCCACCUAGGCGUCAACCACCACCUGUGCCUAAGAAGGCCAUAAAGGCCGAUAAGUCCACGUGUGGUAUCUGCUAUCAACGAGUAGAGCUAAAGCCCAAAGCCAAAGCAAACAUCCAUUUCAACAAGUGUUGGGAUGGUUUGAGAGAAAAGGCGAAGGAAGCUAAGAGUCAGAUUGUGAAGAAUCCACUAGAGGAAAGGGAGGUUGGAGACAGCGACGAGACCUCGUUGGAGACGCUGCAAGUCGAGAACAGCGAACUAGAUGAGAGAGAGGAACCAUCCACACCGAUACCAUCGUUCUCAUCAGAUCUGGAGAAAACUUACUGUCUUCUUUGCCACAAGGACCUGUGGGGUAUGAAAGAUCUCGACGCCUUCGACCACCGCUUGAUCUGUCUUAAAGCACUCACCCCAGCUUGCUGCCCUGUCUGCGAGGUCUCCUUUCAAGAGAUUUCCGAGCCAUGCGAUGACGUCCUCUCGUGCGAAAGUAGUGGCUGGCCAAUUCAUACCAUAAUCUGGCAUCUACACGCUUGCCAGAACGACUGCCAUACUUGCCCCGAGGCACAGGCCGACUGGACAGCCUUGAUUUCUCGGCGGGCUGGUCGUACCGAAGUAGCGCAGAGAGGCUUCUGGAAGAGUAUAGGAGAAAGAAAAGAUUGGGGUCUGCGCAAACACAGGGACAGCGUGAAGACCAAGAAGAAGUCGGGGUUAGCGCGCGAGGAUGGGAUAUAUCGGACAAAGAGCUCGCCGUUGCGUACUUCGCAGAUAAUUGUUCCUGCGCGUGAGUCACAUAGUGAGUCGGAGAUGGAGGUAACGAGGGUGGAGAAAGCUGUCGUGGCCGAAAGCAUCCCCUUUGAUCGGUUCAGAAGGUCCAGCUUCUCCGUAAUGAAGCUCCCUCACUCCGCGAAAAUGCGCACGGACUACAAGCCUGAGGAAGUGCGAACGGAGGUACUGCCUCUCUUCGAUUCGAAGACAUUCUGGAAACAACUUUCGUACAAAGCGCAGACUCGUUUGUUACCCAAGCUUGUACCUAAGCCACUCAACGUCACCUCUCCCACCAAGAAGAAACUACCAACAAACCGUGCGCUCGCGGAAAAGUUUCCAAUCCCAGUCCCAAACAACAAAGACGAAGCGAAAUCGCAGCUUCGAUUGCUGAGCAAUCCGCCAGAAGCUCUCGCCCCGAUGACUUCCGCGGCGAAAUCAGACGCGCUUCUUAAAGCACCUCAGCAGUGUUCAACACCCAGGAACAAGGACGAACUCGACGCCUUCCAAAGGAAGCUGUUAGAUCUCUUGAAGCCUGUUGCAGAUCAAGCAAAUGUCACACUUCCCCGGAAAGUGCGACAGUUCCCACAGAUCACCCUGACUUGUCCACAAGAAGAACCCGACAGUCCGCCUGCAUUGGCUUUAUCACAGCCGCAGAGCAUCAACAACGCGACUUUCAGCCCCGCUACUGCAGUCCAAAUACCUUCCAGCAGCACGUCCUCACCGCCGAACUAUAGCUCCUCGACCACAACAACACCUCAACAGAGCUCUCUCGAUACAAAGAGACCAGCCCUGCGAACUAUUGGAUCAAGUGAAAAUUGGCGUAACUCGCCUCCCAACGCUCAAGAACGAUUCAAUAAAUUGUUAAGAAUGAAUACCGCAAGGCCAUACUACGGACAAUCUCCAAAUCCGCGGGCUAAGCCAAGGCCACUUCCCAACGGCACAAGGUCAUCUCCGCAUCCGUGGCCGGCCAGCUUUGGUGAACGAAGAUCCAUGGCUGCUGUAACUCUACCAGUACGUGGUAGGCCAGCAGAUCCUCUUCCGGAGAGCUCGCUACAGUGGACGUUUUACAACUUCCAAGAACUUGACCGGGAGAUGGAGGUCGAGACUUAUGUGUAUGGUCGGCGUGGCGCCAUUCCAGUUGACUUGAAGUCUAAUAUUCGUACUGUUAUCGACCCUGCGCUGUCUGAGGAAGAGCAGAUAGCGCGGAACCGAGAGUGCUGUAGAGGCAUGUUCGGGAGCUUUGCCGAGACGAGCGAGUAG